AUGACAGCUCGGGGAUGCUGCAGGGUCCGCGCAGCUGCCUCCCUCCGCAUAGACCGCCAGCCGCUCCGCUCCGUGUGUGCGUUUCUCCGGGAAGACGCUGCGGAUUUGGUCAGAUUCCCACGGGGGCGGCAUCCCGAGAAGGAGGCAUAUGCAGAAUACCUGCGGAGCAUCCACUACAUCUCCCAGGUGCUGCUGGAAGAAGUGGAAACCACCCAAGACGCUGGGGAGCCCGUGCCCCCGGAUGCCCUGAAGAUGCUGAAGCUGGCAGAGCAGUGUCUGGAGAGGGCCCAGUCGACGGUGGCCAAGCUUGGGAAAGCCUGCCUGAAGCCAGCCAUGCCCGUGGCGGCUGCUGGCCCCUCACCUACCAGCCGACACCGCCGGGUGUACUCGGACGAAGGGGGGAAGCUGCUCCCGUUUCUGCCGCCAGAGAUCUUCCAGAGGCUUCAGGUGGUGGAGUCGCAAAGCUCUAAGAAGGAGCUGACACCCCUGGAGGAGGCCUCCCUGCAGAACCAGAAGCUGAAGGCCGCCUAUGAAGCUCGGAUGGCCCGUCUGGACCCCAGCCAGGCCCUGCAGAAGACGUCGCUGACCCUGUCCCUGCAGCGGCAGAUGAUGGAGAACCUGGUGAUCGCCAAGGCCCGGGAGGAGACUCUGCAAAGGAAGAUGGAGGAGCGGCGGCUGCGGCUCCAGGAGGCCGCCAACAGGAGGUUCUGCAGUCAGGUCACCCUGACCCCCGAGGAGCGGGAGCAGCGGGCCCUCUAUGCCGCCAUCCUCGAGUAUGAGCAAGACCACGACUGGCCAAAGCACUGGAAGGCCAAGCUCAAGAGGAGCCCUGGGGACCUGUCGCUAGUGACCGGCCUGGUGUCCCACCUGCUCAGCGUUCCCGACCACCCCAUCGCGCAGCUCCUGAAGAAGCUCCAGUGUGCGGUGUACCGGAGAGGGGCAGACAGCAGCCCUAAGGGGUCUCCCUCACCCCUGGUGCGCAAGGACAGCUCCUUUGAGGACCUGGAACAGUUCCUGGCCACUUCAGAGAGGUGGGGCCAGGGCCCUGGGCGGGGGACUGACCCUCAGGCCUCAGGGGUGAAGGAGGAGCCGCUGCUGGAGCCGCUGAAGAGCAUCGUGAAGGACAUUCACAACGCGGUCGACAGGCUGCUCUCGCUGACCCUCCUGGCUUUCGAAGGCCUCAACACGGCCGUCUCCAAGGACCGCUGCCUGGCCUGCAUCGAGGAGCCCUUCUUCUCCCCACUGUGGCCCCUGCUGCUGGCCCUCUACAGGAGUGUGUACCGCCCCCGGGAGGCUGCCCUGAGCAGGAGCAUGGAGCUCUACAGUAAUGCACCCCCAGCAGCCCUCGGCAUCCCCCCUAAACUGCUCCCUCGGGACCCUGAGGCCUCAGGAGCCGGCACCUACCCCUACGGCGCUGCUGCCCAGGAGCUGGGGCUGCUGGUCCUGGAGUGCUGCCCCCAGAAGAAGCUGGACUGCAUUGUGCGGGCCCUGCGGGUCAUCUGUGCCUGUGCUGAAGGCUACUACUGUGCCCAGGAGCCUGCACCCGAGGCGAGACCACAGCCUGGCGCGGCUGCCAUCGGUGCCGACGACCUCCUGCCCAUCCUGUCCUUCGUGGUGCUGAGAAGCGGCCUCCCCCAGCUGGUGUCGGAGUGCGCUGCUCUGGAGGAGUUCAUCCACGAGGGGUAUCUGAUUGGAGAGGGGGGCUACUGCCUGACGUCCCUGCAGAGCGCCCUGAGCUAUGUGGAGCUGCUGCCCCGGGGGGCCCUGGGCAAGUAGAGGAGAUGGGACACCUCACCGGGCGGGCGCUGCAGCUUCCGCCACAUCCUACCCUACAUCUGCCCGAGGAGCUGCUCCUGGCAGGUCGGGGCCCAGCGGAGCCAGGCCCUUCUCUUCCCUGUUUCGGCCUCCGAGAGGCCCCCUUGCUCUCCCGAGAGAGCUGUGGGUUCCCCUGGGGGGCACAAGGGCAGAGCCAGGGCAUGGGCCUUCUGCCCCCGUGACAGCUCCUGAGCCAGUUUCUUGUCUGAAUCAAGAAGAGAGCCUGUCAGCCCCUGCCCUGGAGGCCGGGGCCCAGUGGUUUGAAACUGCCUGUUUAUUUAUUGGACACGACCACUCCUCUCCCCUGGAGGCCCAGGCGUCCCCGGGGGACCUGCCCACGCCUGCGGACUCUGAGCCACACCCCCCCCCAUGGCAGUGGGCAUUGAACACCCCCUGGCAAGUUCCUGCCCCUGCACAUCCCCUCUGGGUGGGUGGGAAGCUGAGGCCUGCUCUGACUCUACGUGCCCCCAGUAGCCACUGACCUGCUGAAAAUAAAGAGGUCACUGAUGUCUCCC